CCUGCUGAAUUGCGUUGUAGCAGACGACAGAUGCCGCCACUGGCAAGGGCAGUGAUCUUUUCCGUGUUCAGAGAAUGUUCCCAGUUUGGAAGGGUUCAAACAAUGCUGUACAAAGGUCCCGUGUUUUAGGAUACUCUGCGAAGAUAUCAAACGCUGAUCGCACAGAAAGUUCACAUCAGGCAGCCGAAAUGAGCUCCUCGAGGAUGCCAUACAACCAGAUGAACGGCCGGAGGUCUCACGGUGCACAGAGGGAGCCACAGGAACGAAUUUCACCGCAACACGAGGAAGUCGUCAGCUAUUUACACAACUCAUGGAAGCACGUUUGCAACCAGUAUGAAAUUUCUCAGCAAGCUGCCUAUGAAGGUAAAGUUCAAAGGGUAGUCUACUACAGGCAAAAGGAGCCAACAGUAUCAAACUCCUGCAGCAGUCAAUACGUAGGAGGCUUAUGAGAAGUAAUGCCACCGGGAGAGAGAGAGAGAGAGAGAAAAAAAGGGCGGUGGAGGAAACAAAACGCGAAACAAAAAUUUGGUGGGACUGCUGCCGUGCAUUCGCCGCGAGGACUGUGUCUUCGGUUUGGAAAGACUGCACACUGUCGUGACGUGCGCAAAUCUCGUCGCGCCUUUCUUUUUUUAAAGAGCCCACUCUGCAGCCCACGUGAGUGGACGGAGCCGAAGUGGGGCCCCUUUUUGUACAGUAUUUAUUUUCCAUUUUAUCGACGGACCGACGGCCGAGGGAACUCGUGACGCGUCGACGUCUUUUACCUGCGAGCCGAAGCCACUUUUAUCUUGCGUCCCGGGUGCAAAGGCUGCGGGGCUCUGAACCCGGGGGACUUGGAGAGCUUCCGACGUGGCACCGUGCUCCAAGAGUGCACGAGAGAGAGAGAGUGGGAAGCGUACUGUGUCGAAAAAAAAAUACAUGGCAGAAUUUGCAAAUCUA